CCCCACGGAUGGCGGAGAGGUUCCAUGAUGGGGGGGGGGGGGGCUGAUGGGCAGCCUAGAAGGCAACCAUCCGCGGCGACGCCUCGAGAGGGGAAGUGGGAGAAAAGAGAAGGGAGUUCUGCGCACAUAUUGGACAAUGGAUGAUGGUUCGCCCGUCGUUGAAGGAUCCAACGCUGUGUGUUGUCUGCCUGCCCACAACACCACCCCUUUCCCGUCCGUCCUCUCUGCUGCGACUUACACGAGCCUGCCGGACAGACCUGCCAAUUCGGGGUCAGAUAUGCACCUUGAUAACUUAAAAUCCCACCGUGGCGACCACCACCGCCCGUUUUCCGCACUUCAACGAUUGAUAAUCACCACUUUGUCCUCAAAACUCUCCCACUUUGAUUCCGCUUUGCCGCCCCUAUCUCACCGUCACAAUCAACCCUUUCACUCAAUCACCCCUUUUCACUCAACCGCCCCUUCCCACAUACCAUAUCCACACAUCCGCCCAUCCAACCCCCAUCCGAACCGACCAACCGACCAACCCGACCAGCCGAGCAACAGAGUGUCAAAGUCAGGGUCCGACCCGCCGCAUGCUGCACCCGGCCCGCUCGCCUGCAUCCCGAACCCGUCCUGUGAAUGGACGGCUGCGUAUUCCGUACAUGUAUUAUAAGUAUGUAUAGAUAGCUUUACAUGACUCGCUCGCCGUCCCGCCAGCAGCACGCAAGCAAGCACGUCACAUGCGAAGUCGUGUCGCGUUACGCUGCGUCGCCGAGCCUUUGCGUUUGCUGCGCGUAGGUCUGAAGACGGGGCGGCUUCGCAUGUGGCGAGGUGAUCUGUCCGUUGUCGGUGAUGUUCCUACGUCGCAACCACACCGGAACCAAAUCCAAGGGAGGGCGG